CGCGGCCCGAGGGCGGAAGUGAGAAAGUUGUCGGCGUCCCGAGGAAGAGUCGUCGGGACGGAUCGGUGCGCGCGACGCGGCGAUGGGGGGCUCGGGCAGCCGCCUGUCCAAGGAACUGCUGGCCGAGUACCAGGAUUUGACGUUCCUGACGAAGCAGGAGAUCCUCCUAGCCCACAGGCGGUUUUGUGAGCUGCUGCCGCAGGAGCACCGGAGCGUGGAGGAGUCCCUGCGGGCACGGGUGUCCUUUGAGCGGAUCCUCAGCCUUCCGGAGCUCAAGGCCAACCCCUUCAAGGAGCGGAUCUGCAGGGUCUUCUCCACGUCCCCAACCAGAGACAGCCUGAGCUUCGAGGACUUCCUAGACCUGCUCAGCGUGUUCAGUGACACGGCAACCCCAGACAUCAAGUCCCACUACGCCUUCCGCAUCUUCGACUUUGACGACGACGGAACCUUGGACAGGGAAGACCUGAGCCGCCUGGUCAACUGCCUCACGGGCGAGGGCGAAGACACGCGGCUCAGCGCUUCGGAGAUGAAGCAGCUCAUUGACAACAUCCUGGAAGAGUCCGACAUCGACCGGGACGGCACCAUCAACCUGUCAGAGUUCCAGCAUGUCAUCUCACGUUCACCAGACUUUGCCAGCUCCUUCAAGAUUGUCCUGUGACUGCAGCCCCCAAGUGUCCAAGAACCCGUCCACUGCGGAGCUGCGGCCAAGGGGUGCACCUGCGGUGCCAGAGCCGGCCAUGCCGGCCCAGCCUGGAGCUGGCACCGUGCAGUCUGGGCCUCGGGCAGGGGAGGGCACUCCUCGCCAGGGUCUCUCCCCUUCUCACUGCCAUCGCCAAGUGCUCUGUUUGUGUUUCUACUCAGCAGUAAUAAAGGUUUAGAAGUUUUG